AUGUUUUCGUUUAAUUCUGGAUUACAAUUAUCAGUCCUUGCGAAAAGAAAUUGGAAAUAUUGUUUUAACUGUUCGAAAUUUAUAUCUUCUCAAGCAAAACAACAACCUCUUGAAGGCCCUUGGAGUUUAUAUUCGCAAAAAGUUGCAGACGGAAUUCUUAGUAAAGAUCCACAUCAAGAAAAGGUAGUGCAACAUUUGCAAGAAUUAUUUCAAGAGGUAUCAGUUUUUCAAAGGCCUGUUAUACAAUCUAGAAUAAGUGAAUCUUUGUUCAGCAUAUUUAGAAAGAAAGAGCCUCAAAAAAUUAUUGCACCUAAGGGCCUAUAUAUCUAUGGAAGUGUAGGAGGAGGUAAAACUAUGUUAAUGGAUCUAUUUUAUGAGACUGUUCCAAUAAAAGAAAAAUUAAGAGUUCACUUCAAUUCAUUUAUGUUAAACAUUCAUGCUAGAAUACACGAACUUAAAAUUAAAUCAGGAAAAGGUGCCAGUACUUUUAGAGAUGAAAGCUCUAAACCGUUUGAUCCAAUUCCACCAGUAGCAGCUGAUAUUACACAAGAAUCAUGGCUUAUUUGUUUUGAUGAGUUUCAAGUUACAGAUAUUGGGGAUGCUAUGAUUUUAAAACGACUAUUUACCCAACUGUUUGAUAAUGGCUGUGUUGUCAUAGCCACUAGUAAUAGAAAACCAGAUGAUUUAUAUAAAAAUGGACUACAAAGGUCAAACUUUUUGCCAUUUAUUCCUAUACUAAAAGCUCAUUGUGGAGUAAUCCAAUUGGAUUCUGGUAUUGACUACAGAAUAAGAGGUUCUGGAAAAAAAUAUGGAAAAUAUUUCAUUAAUAGUGAGUUAACUCCAGACAAUAACGCUGUAGAUAAUUUAUUCAAGUACCUCAUAUCAAAAGAAAAUGAUACUGUUAGAGUAAAAGUAAUAAAUAUACUUGGAAGAAAUGUCAAAUUUGCAAAAGCAUGUGGUGGAGUAUUGGAUUCCACUUUUGAAGAACUCUGUGACAGACCUCUUGGAGCUAGUGAUUAUCUGGUGUUAUCAAAAACAUUUCAUACAGUGUUCAUAAGAGAAUUGCCGCAGUUAUCAAUUGUGAAACACAGAUCCCAAAUACGAAGAUUCAUAACACUAAUUGACACGUUCUAUGACAAUAGAGCACGGGUUGUCAUUGCGGCCGACUGUGAACCAAUGAAUCUUUUUAAUUUAGAUGAAGUUCAGGACGGUAUUGGAGAUGCUGACAGGGCGCUUAUGGACGACUUGAAGAUAACUAAGGACUCUGAAGAUUCAAGAGCGUCAAUAUUUACCGGAGAAGAGGAAAUGUUUGCCUGCGACCGGUGCCUUUCUCGGAUCACGGAAAUGCAGACAGAUGAGUAUUGGGAGAAGUGGGGCAAACACAUUGGU